GCAUUAGCCAGUCUCUCCUUUUCCGCCCGGGCUGUGUUUUGUUUCCGUUGGCCGCGCUGCGUGUUGACGCCACGGUUCAUUUCCGUGACUGGGGGUGGGAGAGCCGGGAAAAAAAGGGCGCAAAAGAAAAGAGAGAGGGUGCGGGUUUGCAUCUGAAAAAAUUCAGCCAUGACAAAGAGGGAUGCCGAGGAACUGAUAGAGAUAGAAAUCGAUGGAACAGAAAAAGCAGAAUGUACAGAAGAAAGCAUCAUAGAGCAGACAUAUACCACGGCAGAGUUUGUCAGCCAGUCUAUUGACAUAAAUGAGCCAAUUGGAAAUCUCAAGAAGCUGCUAGAGCCCCGACUUCAGUGCUCACUGGACGCCCAUGAAAUCUGUUUACAAGACAUCCAGCUUGAUCCAGAAAGAAGUUUAUUCGACCAAGGAGUUAAAACUGAUGGAUCAGUACAAUUGAGCGUACAAGUUAUUUCUCAGCAAGGUCUUGAGCCAAAGUUGAACAUCCUUGAGAUAGUAAAACCUGUAGAGACUGUCGAGGUGGUGAUUGACCCAGACGCCCAUCAUGGGUCAGUGGAAGCCCAGCUGGUGGAGGAGGCCCAGGUGAUAACGCUAGACGACACAAAGCAUGUCACCAUCUCUGAUGAAACCUCGGAACAAGUGACACGGUGGGCCGCAGCACUAGAGGGUUACAGGAAAGAGCAGGAGCGCCUGGUCAUCCCAUAUGAUCCACUUCAGUGGUCCACUGAUCAAGUGUUACACUGGGUGUUAUGGGUGAUGAAGGAGUUUGGUAUGACAGAUAUCAAUGUGAAUGCCCUCAGUGUCCCCGGAAGAGAGCUUUGCCAGAUCAGUCAAGAAGAUUUCUUUCAGAGAGUCCCCAGAGGAGAGAUUCUAUGGAGUCAUCUAGAGCUGCUCAGGAAAUAUGUACUGGCCAGCCAAGAACAAGGAGGAGAAAUUGCAACAGUAACCAUAGAUCAACCCGUUCAGAUCAUCCCAGGAACAUUGGCAAAUACAGCUCCGACAACAACCAUAAAAGUUAUCAACACUCAAACCAAAGUAGCAAAAGUACAGCGGGCGCCUCGUAUAUCCGGGGAAGACAGAAGUUCUCCCGGGAACAGAACAGGCAAUAAUGGACAGAUCCAGUUGUGGCAGUUCCUCUUAGAGCUGCUCACAGAUAAAGAUUCCAGGGACUGUAUCUCUUGGGUUGGAGAUGAAGGAGAAUUUAAAUUAAACCAGCCAGAGCUUGUAGCCCAGAAAUGGGGGCAACGUAAAAAUAAACCCACCAUGAACUACGAGAAACUCAGCCGUGCACUUCGAUAUUACUACGACGGGGACAUGAUCUGUAAAGUUCAAGGCAAAAGGUUUGUCUACAAGUUUGUUUGCGACCUGAAGACAUUAAUUGGAUAUAGCGCAGCGGAGCUGAGCCGCCUCGUGUCUGAAUGUGAGCAGAAGAAGAUGGCCAAGCUGCAGUUACAUGGUAUCGGACAUCCAGUCACAGCGGUAACCCUGGCCACAGCAUCACUGCAGUCAGAAAAAGACUAGGCGCCGGGGAAUACAGACUGCACACAUGGCCGCCUACCACCAUGCAAGUUCCUCCCCUCCCAGAGCCCCAGGCGCUUUUAUUUUCAGAGACUGUACAGUGUUUGGCAUGGUUUUCUACAGAGGACUUUAAUAAAUUUGGAACUUGUUAUUUUUUGUAUUACAAGUUUCUUUGCAGCGGCCUUCAUGGAAGGGCGCAUGAUAUAUUUUAUAUAUUUUGGAUAUGAAAUGAUAAUUUACACUUUUUAGUAAGAUUCCAGUUCUGUCCCUCGUGGAGGAUAUAUUAUUCAUCCAUCAUUUCAGUUAGAACCUAAAACUGGUCCUUUUUUGUUGUUUCCAUUUUUUUAUAUAUAUAAAUUAAUCUGCCGAUCUUCAUUGUGCUGAGGAUCUCAAGUUGCAUUUUGUUUCUGCUUUAAUAACACUAUACAGUACAGUUUUCUUGAUGGUAAAGCUUUUAUGUAGAAAAUAUAUGAAUCCAUCCUCUGCUCCAUGUUGUCCGCAGGAGGCUUCUAGUUCUAGUCUGGAACGUGACCUCAGUAAAUCCACCGCAGGUAUCUGUCAGAAUGUGAGGUCCGGCUCUUGGUGGAAAGUAAAUGAACUUUAAAGAUAUUGUCAUUUAAGACAUAAAAUGGGUGUCAUGUAGCGGACUUAGUAGAGGCCCACUAUUUAAGGGCUCAUUUACACGGCCGUCUGGCCUUCGUGCCCGUGUUGCAGACUGCAGAACAGGGCACCGACCGUGUGAAUUCCGCAUCGCGGAUACGGACCCAUGGAUCCGCAAUCGGCAAGAUACAGCAAAAGAACAUGUCCUAUCUUUUGUGGAGCGGAGAUGCGGAUCGGAAGCACACGGAAACACUGAAGCCCUUCCGUGGGCUUUCUGGUCCAUGCCUCCGCACUGCAAAAAAUAAGACAUGUCCUAUCUUUGGCUAUAUCUUGCGGAUCACUGACCUAUUCCAGACAGUUGGUCCGCAGCACGGAGUUCACACGACCGCUGUCCCGUGUUUUGCGGACCGCUAUUUGCGGUAUACAACACGGGCACAGCACCCAUGAGUUCAUCUGAGUGAGCCCUAAGGGGUUGUCCAACUUUUUACCGUUUAAAUUUCAAUCCCAGCCUGCUGUUCUUGUGGAAAAAAAACAUACCUGCUUCCCACUGCUCCGAUCCGCUCCCUGUCUGUAAACUUCCGGAUGGAUGGGGGUCAUGGGUGCCGCUGCAGCCAAUGACUAGCCUUAAAUGGGUCGAUCCAUCUCACACUUUGGUAGCAUUUCUAGCAUAUGUUCCUCCUCUGGGACCCACAUCUAUAUCUACAACAGACACCUAAAGCGAACGAGGGUGCACCACGCAAGUGCAGCCACCCUCCAUUCACUUCCCAUAGAGGUGAAUGUGGAGCAUGCGUGGGCUUUGGGGACCCGUUCUAGAAAUAGAUGCAGGUCCCAUCGAAGUCCGAAGUGGCCAACCACUUUGCUUGGUGACAUGUCAUCACUGAGGCCAGUCAUCAGGCACACGACCCCAUCCAUCUUGAAGUUUACAGAAUGGGACUGGAAGGCCAGGGACCUGGGGGGAGCAGCUGAGUAUUAUUUUUUCCAUAGGUAUGGCAGGCUGGGGUUGAAAAAUUAAACAAAAAAACAAGAUGGACAACC